UUUCUGGGGGCUGCUGGGAUGGCUGCUCAAGAAAGAGAAACGUUUGACUCUUAGUUAUGUGGCUUUUUCCAUCAACAACGCCAUACUGUGGAUUUCUAUCGGCACCUAAAUGUUACCGAUGUGUUAAAGGAUUUUUAAAGCCUUAUGCGCAAACAAGCAGACGGAGACGCACCUCAGAAUCCUGUCUUUCAUAUGAGAACGUCAGGAGUUUUAUAUUAGAGAACACGGAGGUAGUUGUGGGAGGGAGCCUGACGCCUGAGAUAAAACUGAGAUUGUUUACUCCCAACUGCAGGUUCUGGAGAGAAAGACCAGAACUUUGGCCUUUCAGCGACCCGUACUGGGCAAUUUAUUGGCCAGGAGGACAGGCGCUGUCAAGGUACAUCCUGGACAACCCUGAUGUGUGUCGGGAUGGAUCCGUGCUGGAUCUGGGGAGCGGCUGUGGAGCCUCAGCCAUCGCUGCUAAACUCUGUGGUGCUGCUCAUGUGGUGGCCAAUGAUAUCGACCCCGUUGCAGCUGUUGUGACCAAGUUGAAUUGUGAACUGAACAAAGUGGAGCCGCCAGAUUGCGUGACAGACGACAUAAUUGGUUCGGAUUCUGCCGGCUUUGACUUGAUCCUCCUAGGCGACAUGUUCUACGAUGAAACGCUGUCAGACAGCCUUCAUAAAUGGCUGGACCGCUGCAUCAAAAGCCACGGCUCCAAAGUCCUGAUUGGGGAUCCUGGGAGAGCCCAGUUUGAGGGACAUGACAUCCGGAAGCUCCUGCAUCAUGUAGCCCAGUUUGAGUUGCCUGAGAGUGUUAGGCAGGAGAACUACGGCCUCACAUCCAGCCACGUUUGGUGCUAUCAUAGCAAGCUCUGAGUGUUGAAACGGUUCCUGUUUGACUGGAAAACGUAUUGCGACACUCAUUUGAAUUCCUCUGCAUUUUUGCAACAAUGUGUCACAAAAGUGAGGAAAAGGGGAAUUAAGAUGUUUAUAAGAAAUCUUGUAAACAUCUCAUGGCAGGAAGUGAGAUCUUUUUAACACUGCACACUUGAAACAACUCUGAAAUGUUCAUGGUAAAUGGUAAAAUGACCUGCACUUGUAUAGCGCUUUAUCAAGUCCAGAGGAUCCCAAAGUGUUUCACACAUACUUUCACGCGUUGAUGGUGGUAAGGUCUGUCUUGUGAGCCACCACUGGGCUCUCUGACCACCACCAGCAGGCAAUGUGGGUGAAGUGUCUUGCCCAAGGACACAACGACAGAAGCGGACGGAGCAGGGACUCAACCGGCAGCUCACCUACCGCAGGACGAGCUCCUACCAACUUUGCGUUGAGACAUAAUUAUGCAGUUCAAGUCACAUGGACACCAGGACUUGUUUUUGUUGCCACAUAUCUGGAACAAAGUUUCAGAAAACUGCAAAACAGCUGAAACUCUUGAGUUCCUGAAAUCAAGGCUAAAACCCCUCUUUUUUAGAGAUGCCUUUGAUCAAUAGGCUAUUAAGUUGAUGAUUUUGAUUAUGAAUUUUGACAAAAUGUAAUGUUUAUUGCUUGUUUCAUAAUUGAUUACUGCAUGAUGUUUUU